ACCCCAUGAACUCCCAAACCUCUUCUCCUCCUCCUCCUCCUCCUCCUCCUCCGCCAUUGUUCCUCUCCGAGCUCCAGAUCUACAAACCCUAGAUAUGCCGAGCGUUGCCGUCAAGCUCUACAGCGUCUUCUUCAAGCUCCUCCUCAAGCGCCGCCUCCAUUCCCUCCUCCACUCCCCCUCCUCCUCCCUUUUCGGCCUCACCUCCCGCCCCGACGACUCCUCCACCCCCGCUUCCCCCUCCUUCGGCUCCGACUCCGUCGCCACUAAGGACAUCCACAUCGACCCUCUCACCUCCCUCUCCAUCCGCAUCUUCCUCCCUGAUCCCUCCUCUACUGCUGUUCCUCAUCACCAGGACCUCUCCCACCUCCGCCGCACUAGCUACUCCGGAGCCCACCUUGCCGCUGCCUCCCCUUCCAUUGACCAACCCCGCCGCAGCAGCUACGGUAGCCCCACCGACCCUUGCGCGUAUAGCGGGUAUUUGCCAACUGAUGACGCUUGGCGUCGUCCGGGCUCGAGAAAGCUUCCGGUGAUGCUGCAGUUCCAUGGAGGCGCCUUCGUGUCCGGUAGUAAUACAUCGCCGGCGAAUGAUUUGUUCUGCCGGAGAAUCGCCAGGUUGUGUGAUGUGAUCGUGAUCGCCGUCGGGUAUAGAUUGGCGCCGGAGAGUCGGUAUCCAGCGGCGUUUGAGGAUGGAUUAAAGGUGUUGAAUUGGCUGGCGAAGCAGGCGAAUCUGGCGGAGUGUAGCAAGUCGAUGGGUAAUUUGAGAAGUGGGGAUGCGAGGAGAGCUGAUGGGCAGAGGUAUAUUGUGGAUACUUUUGGGGCUUCUACUGUCGAGCCAUGGUUGGCAGCUCAUGGUGAUCCUUCAAGAUGUGUCCUUCUUGGCGUGAGCUGCGGUGCAAAUAUUGCCGAUUAUGUAGCUCGGAAGGCAGUCGAGGCCAAGAAUCUUCUAGAUCCUGUUAAGGUCGUUGCACAGGUGCUGAUGUAUCCUUUCUUCAUUGGAAGUGUUCCCACCCAUUCCGAAAUAAAGCUAACAAACUCCUACUUUUACGACAAAUCCAUGUGCCUGCUCGCCUGGAGAUUGUUCUUACCAGAGUACGAGUUCGACCUUGAUCAUCCAGCUGCAAACCCACUCGUCCCCGGAAGGGGGCCUCCUUUGAAAUGCAUGCCACCUACCCUUACAGUUGUAGCAGAGCAUGAUUGGAUGAGGGACCGAGCAAUUGCAUAUUCAGAGGAGCUCCGGAAAGUGAAUCUCGAUUCCCCUGUUCUUGAAUACAAGGAUUCCGUUCAUGAGUUUGCGACACUAGACAUGCUUCUCACAUCCCCACAGGCUCAGGCCUGUGCUGAUGACAUUGCAAUCUGGGUGAAGAAAUACAUAUCACAACGUGGUCAUGAAUUCUCUUAUUAGAACAGAACUUUUUUAUACAUAGUAAAGAUCAUCACUGAGAUGUUUUCUCUCUGCUGUAAUUAUAGUUUCUCUUUGAUUUGCGCUGAUGCGAUUAUCAGGUUUAGCAAUUCUUUCUUUCUUUUUUUCUGAAGUAUUUCAUGAUUUUUGUGUUGUGUUGUAAUAUGAGAAGAGUAGCGAUGGUAUAAUGUGAUGUUAUGCCCUUUACUGAACUUCUUAUGCAUUUAUGGUCUUUCUUCUCUUGAGUAA